AUGUCCACCUCAAUCAGAGAUACAUUGGAAAGUACUUUGAGGAGAAGGUUUUUCUACACACCUUCUUUUGAGAUAUAUGGUGGUGUGUCAGGUUUAUUUGAUUUGGGCCCUCCCGGUUGCCAGUUGCAGAAUAACUUAAUCCAAUUGUGGAGAGAACAUUUUGUCAUGGAGGAAGACAUGCUUGAAAUCGAUGGGCCAAUGCUAACUCCUUAUGAUGUUUUAAAGACUUCUGGUCAUGUUGACAAAUUUACAGACUGGAUGUGCCAAAAUCCCAAGACUGGCGAAUAUUAUAGGGCAGACCACUUGAUCGAGCAAACAUUAAAGAAAAGGCUACUGGACAGGGAUGUCAGUGCAAAAGACUUUAAAAAAAUGCAGAAAAUAUUGGACACGAUCGAUGGAUUCAGGGGUUCUGACCUGAAUCAUAUUAUGCAAGAAUAUAAAAUAAAUGAUCCAGUCACCAAUGAUGUGUUGGACCCAUUAACUUCAUUCAACUUGAUGUUUCGAACAAAGGUUGGGGCGUCAGGACAGUUGAAAGCAUUUUUGAGGCCAGAGACUGCGCAGGGACAGUUCCUCAAUUUCAACAAAUUGUUGGAUAUCAAUCAAGGUAAAAUUCCAUUUGCGUCUGCCUCCAUUGGGAAAUCGUUCAGAAAUGAAAUUUCCCCAAGGAGUGGCCUGUUAAGGGUGAGAGAGUUUUUAAUGGCGGAAAUUGAGUAUUUCGUUGACCCAUUGGAUAAGUCACAUCCCAAAUUCGAUGAAGUGUCAGCUGAAGAGUUAACAUUACUAUCACGCCAAUUGCAAGAAAGUGGUAACCCUCAACUCCCCGUAAAGUUGACUAUUGGGGAGGCAGUAAAAUCCGGAAUGGUAGAAAACGAAACACUGGGAUAUUUUAUGGCCAGAGUUCAUCAAUUUUUGUUGAAACUUGGGAUCGACAAUAACAAAUUUAGAUUCCGUCAGCAUUUAAAGAAUGAAAUGGCGCAUUAUGCCACCGAUUGCUGGGACGGCGAGUUGUUGACGUCAUAUGGUUGGAUUGAAUGCAUCGGUUGCGCUGAUAGAGCGGCCUUUGACUUGACAGUGCAUUCCAAGAAGACUGGGAAAAGUUUGAUGGUGAAACAGAGAUUAAAUUCCCCAAAGGAGAAAAUCGAGUGGGUCUUAGAUGUAAAUAAGAAACUUUUUGGGCCUCAGUUCAAAUAUAGAGCAAAAAAAAUUGAAUCUGUUUUGUUGAGAUUCUCACAAGAAGAAUUGCGAAGUAGGCACAAGGAACUGAAGGAGGGCGGCAAAUUUACCUGUCAAAUUGACGGUGAUAUCGUGGAACUUGAUGACGGUCUAGUCUCUAUUGAAAUGAGAACGACUCUGCAGCACACAAGAGAAUACAUCCCUAACGUCAUUGAGCCCUCGUUUGGUUUAGGCCGAAUUAUAUACUGCAUAUUUGAUCAUUGUUUCCGGCUGCGAGCAGAUAAUAAUGCAAGGGCCUUUUUUUCAUUUCCGUUACAGGUUGCACCAAUCAAGGUUCUCAUUACAACAAUAUCAAAUAAUGAGAACUUCCCCAGCAUAGUUAAGGAAAUCUCGCAAAUUUUGCGUAAGAGAGAGAUAUACUUCAAAGUUGACGAUUCUAAUACGUCGAUUGGUAAAAAAUAUGCACGUAACGAUGAAUUGGGCAUUCCCUUUGGUAUCACCAUAGAUUUCGAAACUUUAAAUGACAAAACUGUGACAUUAAGAGAAAGGGAUUCAACGAAGCAGGUAAGAGGUUCGGUUGACGAUGUGAUUUCAGUAAUUGACAAAAUGAUUCGUAAUCCCACAGAAUCAACAUGGGAUAAUUCAACAGUUGGAUGUGUCUAA